AUGGUGGUGGUGAAGAAGCCCACCUAUCCCGGGACACCCGCUUUCGACGCACCCUACUCACCCUACAACACCACAAAGAAGGCCGAUGAAUAUAACGAGACCGCGAUCGUCCACGUGUUUGCGAUAAACCACAGGUGGAAGAUCGUGAACGGGGUCAUCGCCACGCUCCUAUUCUUUGCCACCGGCGCCCUCGCCAUCACCUCUCUUAUUUUGGACUUUAAGACCCGCGAGUUCCCGACCAGCAUCGUCACGCACACUCUGCGCCCCUGGAACGAGUACGGGGGGUUGGAGGAUGCACUCACAGCCAUCACCACUGGCUCCACCUCCUCGUCUCGAGUGCAGGCCCUGUGGCACUGGGCCAAGUGCGACCAGUAUAUCACCGAUAAGCACGUCCCGCACCAGCAUGACCCUUACACCCUGGCGGGCGUCUCGGUCAACAACUCCGUGUGGGUCCCGGGUGGUUGCAACUGCAUUGCGCAGGUGGCCCACGCCCUGGGCAACACCUGGGUGUCUACGCAGACCACAUCGCCGACCCUAUCUGAGGUGAAGGACAUGAUCCACUUCUGCGCCUACGAGGGCGACAUGCCGUACCAAUACGACGUCAUGAAGACGACAUACCGUCCCCUCUACUAUUUCUACUUCUUCAUGUUUGUCACCACUACAGCCAUCGUCAUGGCCAACUUCCUGCACAGCAGCAAUUCCGAGACAAUCAAGACGAUGAUCAAGGAUAACGUCGACUCUAAGACAGCCCUGCGUGAAUCCAAAUACUUGCUCGGCAAGCUCAUUGCCUACUUCGUCACCACCUUCAUCGUGGUGGUCAUCUUCACUAUCCUCUUCAUGACCAUCAAGAACUCCUGCGACCAGGACAUCUGCAACUUCGAUCUAGCGACCACGCUGUCCCUGAUGCUGGUGUUCGUGGCCAUCCUGUUUGUCAUCUUCGCCCCGUACAUAUUCCAGAGCACCAAAACCCACAUCGUCGACUCACUGUAUAUGAUGGUGAGCAACGAGCACGACAGCUACACCGCCGUGGCGUACAGGGAUGCCAAGGACGCCACGAUCUACAAGGUGUCGGACUCUCUGAACUCGCAGGCGCAGCUCGAGCACCUCUGGUUGGACGUGAUGCUGGUCCCGGCGAUGGUCGCGCUCUCGAUCGGGACGGUGCUGACGCGCCAGUGGACCGACAACGGCAUCCUGUACUACUACGCCGUGCUCGUCGGGUUCUUCACCGUCGUGAGCUUGUCCAACGAUUGGAUGACAUCGUUCUGGACGCGGUCCCUGAGGCUGAAGGAGGACUUGAACAUCAAGGGCUCUGCUGUGUAUGACCACUACCAGGGGUACAAGGACAUGGUGACCUACGUGCAGCUCUUCAUCCUCAUCGCGCUCAUCUUCACGGCGGUGCCCGCGGAGAGCAUCACGGCCUACAGCUACAUCCUCUUCUAUAACUGGCUGUACUUUGUGUUUGGGUUGUUUGCCGUGUACAUGCUUCCGGACUUCAUCAACGACAGGGCAGCGCUCAACAUCCACACGGUGACGGCGAUGAAGCAGACUGCCGUGCUCCUGCUCGUCUUCACUCUUGUUAUCACCCUGAGUGUGACAGAGUGGUUCAGGAAGGACAUCUUUGCGUACCAGGGGUUAAUAAGUGCCCCGACCGCCAUGGCCCUGCUGGCACCGCAACCGGAGUACUUCUAUCGGCAGUUCCCCAAUUCCACCCUUGAUUCCAACCUCGAUCUCAUGCGCUCCAUCUCGUCCAACCCGGAGGUCCUUGACCUCAUCGACGACCACCUGCAGGGGCAGCUGUGGGAGGACGUCAAGGAGUUCAUCUCCGCGAAUCCCGACAUCCUGGAUAGGUUGGACGGACAGACGCUGGCGGGGUUGAAGGAUUGGUGGCACAAGGCAAAGGAGAAGGCAAGACAUGUUUACCAUUAUAUGACGGGAAAAAACAAGGAUAAAAAAAAGACGGAAGCAGAUGAAGCAUCGGACGAGGAACAAGGGGAUGACCAGCCAGCCGCAGCCACUGCAAGCACCCGCUUUGCCACCACCAUCCGUGGCUGCAGGACCGUCUCCCCCGCGGACCUCACCCACCUGAAGCUCAGAAUCAUGCAGGACCCGGACGUCCUCGAUGACAUGAACGCCCACCUCCGUGACGGCCUGUGGCAGGCGAUGAAGGGCGUCAUCGCCGCCGAUCCCGCGUUGAUCCACCACCUGCCGUGUAUGGUCGGGGGGAUGUGGGACAAGUUGAAGGAUGCGGCAAAUCAUGUAUACAAUGGCGCAAAAAACAUGUUAUACGAUCAUAAACAUAAGGACCACCUCAAGUCCCACGAAGAGAUUGAAAAGGAUAUAGCAGAGCACGAGAAACAACGUGCAGAAAACGAAAAAACAAACGAGCUGCGGAAAAAGCUGGAAGAAGCCAGGAAGAACGCAGCGGAAUCGAAAAAAUACACCCGGAGCCCAUUCCAGCCUGACACCAUCGGCAUCCGCGUCCCGGUCUACGGCGGGGAUGGGAGGCUGAGCGCCUCGAUGCUGGAAAGGUACGCUCCCCACUAG